GAGCAGAUGGUCCCUCAUCAAUCUCUGGCCGAGGCUCUUUCCUUGACGGAUGAGGGGGAGCUCGAGGAAGCGCUCAGGAGGCUUCAGGAGCUUCCACCGGCGGAGCUCCGGCGGAGACGCACCAUCUUGUUCUCGCCGGCGAACUCGCUCGAUGGUUGGGAGCCUCGACGACUAAUCACUGGUGCACGCGCAGCCGGAGACGAGGAGGAGGACGAGUUCUUCGAGACUCCCGACGAGAAGCGUGUACGCCUGGCAAAGGAGUAUCUCAAGACCAUCGGAGAGGGGAAGACCCGAGAAGAGGUUCAGGAGGAGCUCGCGAAGGAUACCUCGCGGCGGCAGGUAUCAGAUCUGGCUCUCGGCAAGCCUCGAUUUCUGCGAGGGCACAAGAUGGCUGUGACCAGCGUGUGUCUGACUGCAGACGAAGGCACGAUGUACACCGGCGGCAAGGAUUGCGCAGUGCUGCGCUGGGAUGUCGAAACCGGCAAAAAGGACGUUUUUCCGGGUGGUCGCAACAAGUUCGACUGUGGCGGCCACUUCGAGAAGGUCCUUUCUGUGGCCCUGCUCGAAGAGAAAGGGCUCCUUGUGAGUGUGGGGGUGGAUCGCUUGGUGAGACUUUGGGACCCGCGUGCGGCGGCAACCAGCAACACCAUGCUGCUAAACUUGCUUAUCUUCCUGCUUGUCAAACUCUUGAGCCUUUUGAAGCCGUCUGCUCCUAUGCAUGGAGCCGCGCGGCAUGCCCACAUGGUGAGAGCCGCCGCGCGCGAAGCCGCCGCGGAGAUGCAAAAGGAGUUCAAGCUGACCUUUGAUGACUUUGCUUGCCAUCUCCCAGAGGUGCAGCCGAAUCUGAUCGCUGCGGAUUUCCCGUCGCGCGCGCGGCAGCACUGGCUGGCCGCUCGCUUGAACCGGGACCAUGCUGGCAGAUAUCUGGUUGUGAACCUCUCUGGCACAACUUAC